UUAGCUUCGUUCGAUCUUCGCCAUUGUCUACUCCUCCAAUUCUCAACAGUUCUCUCAGUUUCUCUCAAAAUCUUCGAUUUUCUCUUCGUGUUUCUUCGAUUUCCCUCUUUCAUUUAUCAAAUGUUUUCUCUUUCGUUGUCUUUAGAGUCACUUUUUUUAUCCAGUUUUUCUCCCUUCACCUUCUCCCAUUUGUGAAGUUCGCCAAACCCUAACCCUAAGUUUUUAUUUUUCGAUCAGUUUUAGAGUCCCAAAGGCUCGAGAAAAGCGGUAACUAAUUCCACAAUCUUGGGGCUUUUUAGUGGGAAUGUGAGCGUGUUUUGGUGGCAGAAAUGGUGGAUCAAGAGCAAAGAUGAAGAAUUGAUUGGGAAUCGUUUUGUGGAUUCGUUUAUGUUUAUGCUGAUCCAAGUACACAAAGUGUUGAAGCCCUGUGUUUGAACCGUUGUCAAUGGCUGAACAUCGAAAUGGUAAUGCCAAACCUUCAGAUGGCAAGGCAUCGGGAGCCGCCAGUCCUUAUGCUAUCAAUCUGGAUAACUUCACUAAACGGUUGAAAACUUUGUAUUCACAUUGGAAAGAACACAGUAGUGAUCUUUGGGGUUCUUCUGAUGCUCUUGCAAUAGCAACACCUCCAGCUUCGGAUGAUCUUCGGUACCUAAAAUCCUCGGCACUGAACAUUUGGUUGCUUGGUUAUGAGUUCCCAGAGACAAUAAUGGUUUUCAUGAAGAAACAAAUUCAUUUCUUGUGUAGCCAGAAAAAGGCCUCUCUGCUUGAAGUUGUGAGAAAAUCUGCCAAGGAGGCUGUUGGUGUGGAAGUUGUCAUGCAUGUGAAGGCCAAAAGUGAUGAUGGAACUGGACUAAUGGAUGCUAUAUUCCGUGCUGUUCGCACAAAUUCCAGUUCUCAUGAUACUCCUGUGGUUGGACACAUAGGAAGGGAGGCUCCAGAAGGGAAACUUUUGGAGAUGUGGACUGAGAAAUUAAAAAAUGCAGAUUUCCAGCUCAGUGAUAUAACAAAUGGGUUUUCAGAUCUGUUUGCUAUGAAGGACAGCACUGAGCUAACAAAUGUGAAGAAAGCUGCAUUCUUGACUUCAUCAGUCAUGAAGCAUUUUGUGGUCCCAAAGCUUGAAAAGGUCAUUGAUGAGGAAAAGGUUUCCCAUUCUUCAUUAAUGGAUGACACGGAGAAGGCUAUAUUGGAACCUGCAAGAGUUAAGGUGAAGCUGAAAGCUGAGAAUGUUGAUAUUUGUUACCCUCCAAUUUUUCAGAGUGGUGGGGAGUUUGAUCUCAGGCCAAGUGCUUCAAGCAAUGAUGAGAAUCUUUACUAUGACUCAACUAGUGUGAUCAUUUGUGCCAUUGGUUCCCGCUACAAUAGCUAUUGCUCUAAUGUUGCUCGGACCUUCUUGAUUGAUGCAAAUGCUAUGCAGAGCAAGGCAUAUGAGGUCCUCCUUAAAGCCCAUGAAGCAGCAAUUGGUGCCUUGAAACCUGGGAACAAAGUCAGUGCUGCAUACCAAGCAGCACUUGCAGUGGUUGAGAAGGAUGCUCCUGAAUUGGUUUCCAACUUGACAAAAUCUGCAGGAACUGGAAUUGGCCUUGAGUUCCGUGAAUCAGGAUUGAAUCUUAAUGCCAAGAAUGACCGGGUAUUAAAACCAGGCAUGGUUUUCAACGUGUCUCUGGGAUUUCAGAACUUGCAGACAGACACCAACAAUCCAAAGACCCAGAAAUUUUCUGUGCUGCUUGCAGAUUCUGUUAUUGUUGGUGAAAAAGGCCCAGAAGUUGUGACUUCUAUAAGUUCCAAAGCAGUGAAGGAUGUAGCAUACUCAUUCAAUGAGGAUGAUGAUGAAGAAGAAGAAGAGAGGCCAAAAGUCAAACCUGAGGCUAAUGGUGGUGAGGCCGUAUCAUCUAAGGCAACACUUAGGUCUGAUAACCAGGAGAUGUCAAAGGAGGAGCUGCGGAGGCAGCACCAGGCUGAACUUGCCCGCCAGAAGAAUGAAGAAACUGCUAGGAGGCUUGCAGGUGGAGGUUCUGGGGCAGGGGAUAAUCGAGGUGCAGUGAAGGCCACUGGAGAUUUGAUUGCAUAUAAGAAUGUCAAUGAUCUACCCCCUCCAAAAGAAUUGAUGAUUCAGGUUGACCAGAAGAACGAAGCCAUCCUCUUGCCAAUUUAUGGAAGCAUGGUGCCUUUCCAUGUUGCAACUGUGAAGAGUGUCUCCAGCCAGCAGGACACUAAUCGAACAUGUUAUAUCCGAAUAAUCUUCAAUGUACCUGGCACCCCUUUCAGUCCUCAUGACUCCAACUCCAUGAAGUUUCAAGGGUCAAUUUAUCUCAAGGAGGUUUCAUUUCGCUCCAAGGACCCUAGGCACAUAAGUGAAGUGGUUCAGCAGAUUAAAACCCUCCGCCGGCAGGUUGCCUCCAGGGAAUCUGAAAGGGCUGAGAGAGCAACGUUAGUUACCCAAGAGAAGCUGCAACUUGCAGGGACCAGAUUCAAGCCAAUAAGAUUGUCUGAUCUUUGGAUCCGCCCCUCUUUUGGUGGUCGUGGAAGGAAGCUAACUGGUUCACUAGAAUCCCACACAAAUGGGUUCCGAUAUUCUACCUCAAGGCCUGAUGAACGUGUGGACAUUAUGUACGGUAACAUCAAACAUGCAUUCUUCCAGCCAGCAGAGAAGGAAAUGAUCACUCUCCUGCACUUCCAUCUCCACAAUCACAUCAUGGUGGGAAACAAGAAAACCAAAGAUGUGCAAUUCUUUGUUGAGGUGAUGGAUGUGGUCCAGACACUGGGAGGUGGAAAGAGAUCAGCCUAUGACCCGGAUGAGAUUGAGGAAGAGCAGCGGGAGAGGGAUCGAAAAAAUAAAAUUAACAUGGACUUCCAAAACUUUGUGAACCGGGUUAACGAUCUAUGGGGGCAACCACAAUUUAAAGGGCUUGACCUUGAGUUUGAUCAGCCUCUUAGAGAGCUUGGCUUCCAUGGGGUACCUCACAAAGCCUCGGCUUUUAUUGUCCCAACUUCUAGCUGUCUGGUUGAGCUGAUUGAGACACCCUUCCUUGUAAUCACCCUAAGCGAGAUUGAGAUAGUUAACCUGGAGAGAGUUGGUCUCGGGCAAAAGAAUUUUGAUAUGACAAUUGUUUUCAAGGACUUCAAGAGGGAUGUACUUAGGAUUGACUCAAUCCCUUCCACAUCACUAGAUGGCAUCAAGGAGUGGCUCGACACAACUGAUCUCAAAUAUUACGAGAGCAGGUUGAAUCUGAACUGGCGACCUAUACUGAAGACUAUAACUGAAGAUCCAGAAAAGUUCAUUGAGGAUGGCGGAUGGGAAUUUUUGAACUUGGAAGUUAGUGAUUCAGAUUCCGAGAACUCACAGGAGUCCGACCAAGGGUAUGAGCCUUCAGAUGUGCAGUCAGACACAGGAUCAGAAGAGGAGGCUGAUGACAGUGAGUCAUUGGUGGAAUCCGAGGAUGAUGAUGAGGAGGACUCAGACGGAGACUCAGAGGAGGAGCAGGGAAAGACAUGGGAAGAGUUGGAGAGGGAAGCAAGCAAUGCUGAUCGAGAGAAAGGGGACGAAUCUGACAGUGAAGAGGAGAGAAAGAGGAGGAAGAUGAAAGCCUUUGGGAAGGCUCGGGUACCAGAAAAGAGAAGCACCAGGGGCAGUCUUCCCAAGAGACCCAAAUUGAGGUAAAUUGCAGGGCAUUUUGCCUACUUCCCUCAAGUCUUAACCAAGCACAGCAGCAGUAGCAGCAGCUCAGAUGUAGUAUAACAUAGUAUGGUACAUGCCUCUUCGCCCCAAAGGUAUAUCAAAAAGGCUCAUUGUACUUCUGUUUCCUUGUUUUCAAUUUUUCCUUGUGUGCUAAGAAGUCUGGGUAAGUUAAAACCUCUUUGUUUGUAAAUUGCUGGAAAUUAAGUUUUAUUUAAAGGUUCCUAUCCAUAUCUUUCAGAA